AUGCCAUCCACAGAUGCUGGGUCAGAUCUCCCUUUGGUUUCCAAUGGCAUUCCCAUGACCAAAGUCAACACGACAACUUCAAUGCGUGCACGGAGAGCAGCUCCGUCACAAGAUGAUACUCGACCAGCGUUUUCCCUGGCGAGGGCGAGGACUUCGCUGUUUACUCCCGACAAGAAAAUUGCGCCACCUCCGGGAGUCCUCCGCUCGAUACGAUCCAUAAUUACUGCCUCAUGGUUAAACGUUCUACUUGUGUUCAUCCCUAUAUCAUGGGCAUUCCACUUCGCCCUACCAGACAAGAAUACCCUCGUUUUCGUUUUCUCAUUCCUUGCUAUUAUUCCCCUGGCCAAAUUGCUGGCUUUUGCGACGGACGAACUGUCAAUGCGCGUCGGCCAAACACUAGCUGGGCUUCUUAAUGCCACUCUCGGAAACGCUGUUGAAUUAAUUGUAGCCAUUAUCGCCCUCACAAAAUGCGAACUUGAAGUGGUUCAAUCGUCGUUGAUUGGUUCCAUCCUAAGCAAUCUUCUGCUUGUCUUGGGAAUGUGCUUCUUUGCGGGGGGUGUCAAAUUCUCAGAACAAGGCUUCGGUGCCAGCGCAACCCAACUGAACUCUUCUCUUCUUACUAUCAGCGUCAUUGCUGUCCUUCUGCCCGCUGCCUUCCGCUUCACGGUAAACGCCAAUAGUGAUCCGGAUGCUGGCCAAGAUAUUCUGAAAUUUAGCCACGGCGUCGCUCUCAUUCUGCUUUUCAUCUAUGGGUCGUAUUUGUUCUUUCAACUGUACUCGCAUGCGACUAUGUACGACGACUCGGGCGACGACAUCAUCAAAUCCAAGAAAUAUGUCCCGAAAGAGAAGAAGAGUAGUAAGAAGGACAGCAACGAAGGUACAUCUACUUCACCUACAACUGACAUGGAAAAUGGAAGAGAAGAGCACGCUACGCAAGAGGAGGAGGAGGAAGAAGAGACCCCCCAGCUCAGUCUGUUCAUGACAAUUGGCCUACUUGCUGUCGUCACUGUCCUGGUCGCUGUUACAGCUGAGUGGUUAGUGGACUCCAUUAACGGGCUGGUUUCUGGUGGGGCGAUCACCAAAGAGUUUGUUGGUGUUAUCCUCCUCCCCAUUGUCGGUAAUGCUGCUGAGCAUGUCACUGCCGUCUCGGUUUCGGUCAAGGACAAGCUUACUCUCAGUUUGGGAGUUGCGGUUGGGUCCAGUAUACAAAUUGCGCUAUUUGUGAUUCCUUUCAUCGUCACAUUAGCCUGGAUCCUUGGCAAACCUCUGACCAUGCUCUUUGACCCCUUCGAGUCGAUCGCACUUUUCUUGUCUGUGCUAACUGUUAACUAUGUCGUCCAAGACGGCAAAUCUAAUUGGCUUGAGGGCAUGAUACUUAUGGCUCUUUAUGUCAUUCUUGGGACCACUUUUUUCUUCUAUCCGGGAGACCCAUCCGACCUCAGCAACCUUGGUUUACCACAGUGCAAAUAG